AUGGCUAUUUCUAUUCGUUCUUUGUGUGUGACUCUUCUUGUACUAAGCAUUGUUAUGGCGUGUAUGGAGGAGGGCCGUGGGGAGGAUGGAGAUGAUUAUUGCAACUAUGGUGGAUGGCGUGGCUGCAGAAGUUUUUAUAAUCGUGGAGGAGGAGGAGGAGGUGGAGGUGGUGGUGGUGGAGGUGGAGGAGGAAGUGGUAAUGAAGGUUUGGGACAUGGAGAGGGUCAUGGUGCAGGGGCAGGUGUUGGUGUGGGAGGUGGUGGAGGUGGUGGAGGUGGAGGAGGUCGUGGUGGUGGUGGUGGGAAUGGAGCUGGUGGUUCUGGUCAUGGUGAAGGAUUCGGAGCUGGAGCUAGUACAGAAGGUGGUGGAGGUGGUGGAGGCUCUGGUGGGGGAGGUGGUAGUGGUUUAGAUGGAGGGUAUGGUCAUGGUAGUGGUUUUGGAGCAGGUGCAGGUUUUGGAACUUUUGGUGGACGUAAAGGUGGUGGUGGUUUUGCUGGGGGAGGAAGAGGAGGAGGUGGCGGUGGUGGUGGUGGUGGUGAAGGUGGAUCUACAGGAGGAUCAGGUCAUGGUAGUGGGUUUGGUGCUGGAGUUGGUGGGGCAAGUGGAGGUGGAGGAGGAGGAGGAGGAGGAGGUGGUGGAGGCGGUGGCACCAACAGUGGCUAUGGUCAUGGAAGUGGUUUCGGGAUGGGUGUAGGUUUUGGUGGAAAUGGUGGUGGUGAUGGAGGGGGAGGGGGAGGUGGUGGAAGCAAUGGCGCUGGUGGAGGCUCUGGCCACGGUAGUGGUUCUGGAGUGGGUGGUGGAGUUGGUGGGGCUGCUGGUGGAGGAGGCAGAAACACUAGUGAUGAGAAUGGUGGUGGUUCUGGUUAUGGUGAAGGAGAAGACAGUGGUUAUGGUGGCAAUAGUAAUAAUAAUGGUGGCAUUGGAAUAGGGUUUGGUAUGGGUAUGGGAUUUGGGUUUGGGAUAGGAACAGGUACAGUAAGUGGAAAUUCUAGUCCUGUUGAUGAAGGAAGCAAGAUCAAUGGUGACAAGCAACCCUAA